GCCGCAGCCCGCUGGGCCGGAGGAGGCGGAGCUGGUGCCGUCCUGGCUCUCCUGCGGGGAAGCAACUGAGGGGGCGGCGCGGCGGGCCCCGGCGGCCGAAGAGGCUGGCAGGUGGCGCCGUGGGGUGGGUGCUCCUGGUGAGAGGAGUCCACUCCAUGCGUGCGGGCGGAGGCCGGCCCCCGAGAGCCGCCGACAUGAAGAAAGACGUGCGGAUCCUGCUGGUGGGAGAACCUAGAGUUGGGAAGACAUCACUGAUUAUGUCUCUGGUCAGUGAAGAAUUUCCAGAAGAGGUUCCUCCCCGGGCAGAAGAAAUCACCAUUCCAGCUGAUGUCACCCCAGAGAGAGUUCCAACACACAUUGUAGAUUACUCAGAAGCAGAACAGAGUGAUGAACAACUUCAUCAAGAAAUAUCACAGGCUAAUGUCAUCUGUAUAGUAUAUGCCGUUAACAACAAGCAUUCUAUUGAUAAGGUAACAAGUCGAUGGAUUCCUCUCAUAAAUGAAAGAACAGACAAAGACAGCAGGCUGCCUUUAAUAUUGGUUGGGAACAAAUCUGAUCUGGUGGAAUAUAGUAGUAUGGAGACUAUCCUUCCUAUUAUGAACCAGUAUACAGAAAUAGAAACCUGUGUGGAGUGUUCAGCGAAAAACCUGAAGAACAUAUCAGAGCUCUUUUAUUAUGCACAGAAAGCUGUUCUUCAUCCUACAGGGCCCCUGUACUGCCCAGAGGAGAAGGAGAUGAAACCAGCUUGUAUAAAAGCCCUUACUCGUAUAUUUAAAAUAUCUGAUCAAGAUAAUGAUGGUACUCUCAAUGAUGCUGAACUCAACUUCUUUCAGAGGAUUUGUUUCAACACUCCAUUAGCUCCUCAAGCUCUGGAGGAUGUCAAGAAUGUAGUCAGAAAACAUAUAAGUGAUGGUGUGGCUGACAGUGGGUUGACCCUGAAAGGUUUUCUCUUUUUACACACACUUUUUAUCCAGAGAGGGAGACACGAAACUACUUGGACUGUGCUUCGACGAUUUGGUUAUGAUGAUGACCUGGAUUUGACACCUGAAUAUUUGUUCCCCCUGCUGAAAAUACCUCCUGAUUGCACUACUGAAUUAAAUCAUCAUGCAUAUUUGUUUCUCCAAAGCACCUUUGACAAGCAUGAUUUGGAUAGAGACUGUGCUUUGUCACCUGAUGAGCUUAAAGAUUUAUUUAAAGUUUUCCCUUACAUACCUUGGGGGCCAGAUGUGAAUAACACAGUUUGUACCAAUGAAAGAGGCUGGAUAACCUACCAGGGAUUCCUUUCCCAGUGGACACUCACGACUUAUUUAGAUGUACAGCGGUGCCUGGAGUAUUUGGGCUAUCUAGGCUAUUCAAUAUUGACUGAGCAAGAGUCUCAAGCUUCAGCUAUUACAGUAACAAGAGAUAAAAAGAUAGACCUGCAGAAAAAACAAACUCAAAGAAAUGUGUUCAGAUGUAAUGUAAUUGGAGUGAAAAACUGUGGGAAAAGUGGAGUUCUUCAGGCUCUUCUUGGAAGAAACUUAAUGAGGCAGAAGAAAAUUCGUGAAGAUCAUAAAUCCUACUAUGCGAUUAACACUGUUUAUGUAUAUGGACAAGAGAAAUACUUGUUGUUGCAUGAUAUCUCAGAAUCGGAAUUUCUAACUGAAGCUGAGAUCAUUUGUGAUGUUGUGUGCCUGGUAUAUGAUGUCAGCAAUCCCAAAUCCUUUGAAUACUGUGCCAGGAUUUUUAAGCAACACUUUAUGGACAGCAGAAUACCUUGCUUAAUCGUAGCUGCAAAGUCAGACCUGCAUGAAGUUAAACAAGAAUGUAGUAUUUCACCUACUGAUUUCUGCAGGAAACACAAAAUGCCUCCACCACAAGCCUUCACUUGCAAUACUGCUGAUGCGCCCAGUAAGGAUAUCUUUGUUAAAUUGACAACAAUGGCCAUGUAUCCCCAUGCCCGGUUACGCUGUAUGUGCACCUGCAACAGGUGUACAUUUUGCAUCUGUCAGAACUUCCUCAACUCAGACUUGCUGCAAUCUGUAAAGAACAAAAUCUUCACUGCAGUUCUUAACAGGUUAAGAGCCCGGGUAGCUGAGUGGGGUGCCAUGCUGUUAGCAGACAACGAAGGCAGUAUUACUCACCAGGUGCAUGCUGUCAGCUCUGUAGAAGAUUCCAUCUUCAUGGAGUCAUCUCGUGGUCCACUUUUUCUUGAAGCCAGGCACGUGACACAAGCUGACCUCAAGAGCUCCACGUUUUGGCUUCGAGCAAGUUUUGGUGCUACUGUUUUUGCAGUUUUGGGCUUUGCUAUGUACAAAGCAUUAUUGAAACAGCGAUGAUAUAAAAAGAAAUACUGUCCCUACCAAAAACAAAUACUUUUAUGUAUAUUCUGAAUGCUUUAAGUUCUGCUAGAAAUAUUGAGAUAUUUAUACAUGCAGAGUUACUUUAUUAAUAUUUGUAAUUCAUGCAUAAGAGUAUUUUAAUGAUAGUUAUAACUGCAGUAUUGGUUAGCAUAUGGAAAGAGAACAGCUAACAGCCAAACUAAAAUGGCUAAAUUCCAGAGGCCAAAAGGGAAUAUUUUGUAAAUAUAUGUACAUAUUCAGGCAAGAUAUGGUCUCCCAAGCUGAGUUCUAGAAAUGAUGUUUCUAGACAUUUCUAAAUGGUAUUGUUAGUGCUCACUUGGUUCACUCUUCUAGGUUUAAGUUAGCCCAGAGAUUGUAUUUACUCAUGGAUCACUUUAUUUAUUUCACAUUUACUCAGAAUGAUCCUUUGGGUUCUAUAAGGACAUAAGGCACAAUUUGCCAUUCUCUCUCCGUUUUUAAAAACAUACAAGUCAGUGUCAGCUUACCAACAUGACAUUUUUUCAGUCACUUGUGGUAGGCCAGCCUUGAAUCCAUCGCACAGUCUAGAAACUUGUGUAGCUGAGUGUGCAGCUCACCUUUAAGGGUGAAGUGAGGUAAAAGCAAUUAGCAGAGGCGUUAUCUAUGUGAUUAUGUUGCUUCCUUGUCAGUAUGUUGAAUUUUAUAGCCCUUUCAAUGAAAUGAAAAAAAAAAACAAUUUGUAUAUUACCAAUGUUUUUAGUUUAAAUAAAGAGUCACCCUUACUACUGUUGAAUUUCAUCCCAAGUGUAAAUCAUUCUAUAAUGGCUGUGUCUGUUAUAGUAUAUUACAGUAACUGCAUGUGUUACCAAGUGUUCUAUAUCAGGCUAGGAUAACCUAGAGGCAGUAAUUUUUUAAAUGAUAAAAUAAAUCUAAUGAAUAUAAACUCUCAUGAUAAACCUAUUUUUUCCAUCAUCAACCUUUUCAAGUAUUUAAAUAAAUAACUGCUGUGUACUGUGA